UCCCCUGUCACGUGACAGAGGACAGUCUGUGGUUGUUGAUGUGACACUGUCGCUAGCACUCGUUAGCUAAGUUUGUUGACUUUCGCAAUUACUUGCGGCUCCUGACCGUUGAGGGAAAAGCCAGCAAAAAUGGACAACAGCGGGAAAGAAAAAGAAGCCGCGGCCUUAAUGGCGGAGGCGGAGAAGAAGUUAAAGUCAUCCCAGUCGUUUUUCGGCUCGAUGUUUGGCGGUUCCUCUAAGUUGGAAGAGGCCUGUGACAUGUAUGUGAGAGCAGCCAACAUGUACAAGAUGGUGAAGAACUGGUGUGGUAAGAAGGCCGACCUCGCCUCCACCUUGUUCUCGUCUGUAUUUAUCAUCACUGUUUUAACACCAAACCUUCUGCUCUCAGCUGCAGGAAAUGCUUUCUCCAAAGCUGCUCAUCUUCACCUGCAGAUGCAGAGCAAACACGAUGCAGCCACCAACCUGAUAGACGCUGGAAACGCCUUCAAAAAAGCAGAUCCACAAGAGGCUAUCAACUGCUUAAACCGAGCCAUCGAGAUUUACACAGAUAUGGGUCGUUUCACCAUCGCAGCGAAGCAUCACAUAUCCAUCGCAGAGAUUUACGAGACAGAGUUGGUGGACAUCGACAAGGCCAUUGCUCAUUUUGAACAAGCAGCAGAUUAUUAUAAAGGUGAAGAAUCCACCAGUUCUGCAAACAAGUGCCUUCUUAAAGUUGCGACCUAUGCAGCCCAGCUGGAGCAAUACCAGAAAGCAAUAGAGAUCUACGAGCAGGUUGGAACUCACGCGAUGGACAGUACGCUCCUGAAAUACAGUGCCAAGGAUCACUUCUUCAAGGCGGCGCUGUGUCACUUCUGUGUAGACAUGCUAAACGCAAAGCUUGCCAUGCAGAAGUAUGAAGAAAUGUUUCCAGCGUUUUCAGACUCCAGAGAGUGCAAGCUGUUGAAGAAACUUCUAGAUGCGUAUGAAGAACAGAACGUGGACGGCUACACUGACGCGGUGAAGGAAUAUGACACCAUUUCCCGUCUGGACCAGUGGCUCACCACCAUGCUGCUACGCAUCAAGAAGGCCAUCCAGGACGACGAGAGCGACCUCCGCUGACCUCCGCUGACCUCACCAGCCGCCUGACAUCCUUCGAUUCCCGCUGCAUUCAUCGUUUUAUGUACUCUAUUUUCUGCCGUCUGCAUUAUGUCUUUGUUGCCUUUUAUUCCAGUCUUUAUAUCAUGCGUGUGAACACUAUCUCCCUGGCUGCACUCGGCACCCGGUAUUAGUUUUACGUUUGGCGUUUGGCCACAAUAUUCAUGAUUGGGAUGCAAUACUACCAGCAGACUUGUGUGGUGAAGAUUAAAAUUUUAUUUCCGCUGUCGUGUGAUGAGUGAGAGAGCGCGGAUCACGGUGUGAUUGAAAUGUCCAGAAUAAACUAAACGAACUAAAAUGCGAUUUCUGCCU